AGCUGAGCUGACAAUUGACACAAGUUUAUCAACACUUGUUAUGGUUGACUUGUGAAAUUUCAGAUUUCUCCAAAUUUCAGGUUUCAGAGCUUGCUGGUGAAUAGACGAUGGUUUACAGUUGCAUUUUACUAAAAAGAAUUUACUAAAAUUAAGAUUACGUUUAAUGUAUUUAAUUUAGUUUGUGUUUGAAACUAUGUUGUGGAAUUAGUGCAAAAAUUUCAUAUACCUAAUUAUUGCCUAAAAAGUGUAGAACACAAGUUAUAAAAAUGUUAUUUAUCUUUAUUUUAUGCAUAUUACAACCGGUCUUAACGUCUAAAGAAUCUGGAUGUGGCUGUAACCUUAAUCGUGGGAAAGAUGGAAGUGUCGAUAAAGCGAAAUUACUUGAUUCUAAUGAUCUUGAACAAUGUUCUUUCGAGGAUGAGAACAAAGCUAGUAAAUAUCUCGCCUCUGAACAAAUGAACACAUUCGAUGAGAUGGUGUUAGUACCAGCCGGGGAAUAUCAAGUUGGCACAGAUGAUAUAGCAAUAGAAAGCGACCAAGAAGGCCCGAAAAGAAUAGUGAAACUAGAAAGUUUUUACUUAGAUAAAUAUGAAGUUUCAAAUAAGAAUUAUGCUCAUUUUAUAAGUGAAACUAAUUAUAAGACUGAAGCUGAACAAUUUGGAGAUAGUUUUGUUUUCUCAGCAUUUCUUAAUAAUACAUUUAAAGAGCAAUUAAAGGAUUUCCGUGCUGUGCAAGCAAUGUGGUGGUAUAAAGUACUUGGUGCUGACUGGAAGCAUCCGCAUGGGCCUGACUCUGACAUUCAAGAAAUAUUGGAUCAUCCAGUUAUACAUGUAUCUUGGAAUGAUGCAAAAGCAUACUGCAAAUGGAGAGGAGCCCGGUUACCAACAGAGGCUGAAUGGGAGGCAGCAUGUCGAGGAGGUCAUCGUGAUACCAAGUACCCUUGGGGUGAUAAACUGUUCCCAGACAGAAAGCACAUGACUAACAUCUGGCAAGGGACCUUUCCCACACAUAACUCAGCCAAAGAUGGCUAUGUGGGCACUUGUCCAGUAAACAUGUUCCCUCCAAAUGACUUUGGGCUAUAUAACAUGGCUGGCAAUGUAUGGGAGUGGACUGAAGACACAUGGGCUGGGAAAAAUCCAAAAGAAAAGGUGAAGAAGGGUGGUUCUUAUUUAUGUCACCUCUCCUACUGCUAUCGUUAUAGAUGCUCAUCAAGAUCUCAUAAUACAGAGGAUAGCUCUGCAGGAAACUUGGGAUUCCGUUGUGCUAAGUCUGCAUAGUCAGUGUUCCUUUAAUUAUUAUAAGUAUUAUUGUAAAAUCGCUUUUAUAACGAAACAAAAAAGUUGAAAAUCUAUUACAUAUUUUAGGCUCUAGGCUGGUCACUGUAAUAGAUUAUUAUGUUGGUCAAUUUGUCUAGAUAUAAGUACAUUUUUUGAUAUUAUAAUGUUCCUGGUUUAUGGUAAACUGGUAAUCACGAUACAUUUUAGAACAUACAUACAUUAUUCUUGUGUGUAUGUUAUCAUUAUCAUAAAUACAAUAAUAAGUGAUGAAUCAAGAAGAGUAGUACAUUUUUUAUUAAUUACUUGAACACAACAGUGGAAAUGAACAAAUGAGUUAAUGCAUAUUGUUAUAUUGCUUUGUAUUUUUUUAUGAAUUUUGUUUAUAUUUAUAUAAUUGUAUACAUUGUUUUGAAGAAAAACUGUU